AUGAAUUUUUCGAGGUAUUCCCUUAUUUGUGGUAAUAAAAAAAAAAUUGUGGAUAUUGUUUUUUUUUAUUUUAAGAAGAAUGAGAAAAGGAGUUUUUAUGCGUCAAAGUGGAUACGUAGAUUACAAUUAUUGAAUGAAAAAUAUAAUUAUAAGAUAGAUAAAGAAGAAGAGAUAGAAUAUGAAGAGAAGAAAGAAGAUGAUGAUAUAAAGAAAGUAUAUCCAUUGUGGAAUAGUAGAAGAACAGGCUUAUUAGGUUAUAAAGUUGGAUGUAUGAGUAUAUGGGAUGUAUGGGGUGUUAAGCAUGCUGUAACAGUUGUUAAGAUAGAUAAUUGUUAUGUGAUAAAUCAAAAAAAUAUAAGUAAGAAUGGAUAUGAAGCUUUAGAACUUGGAAUUGGUAAUAUGAAUGUAAUUAAACAAAGUAAAAAUAAUAUUGGAAAUUUUAUAAAAAGGAAAUUAGGAUUUAUACAUAAAAUAAAAGAAUUUAAAUGUACAAGUGAUUGUUUUUUACCUGUACAUCAUAAAUUUUCUUGUCGACAUUUUUCACCUGGACAAAACUUAUUUAUAAGUUCUGGUAUCAAAAAUAAAGGUUUUUGUGGUGCUAUGAAAAAAUGGAAUUUUAGUGGUAAAAAUAAAUCACAUGGAACAGAAAGUAAAGCACAUCGAAGCUUAGGAAGUGUAUCAAUGGGGAAAACAAUAAAUAUUGUUUUUAGAAAUAAAAAAAUGAAUACACAUAUAGGAGAAAAAAACUUAGUAAAAUGUAGUAAUAAUAAAUUAUUUCGUAUCAAUAGUUUAAAAAAUUUAUUAUUUAUUAAAGGAACUAUUGGAGGUUAUAAAAAUAAAGUUAUUAAAAUAUCAGAUGCUAAAGGAAGAUCAUUUAAUAAAUUCAAAAAUAAAAUUUUCUUAUAUUAUCCUACAUUUAUAUAUAAAAAAAACAAAAAAUAUAAAAAUGUAAUUGACAUGCCACACAGUGUAGAAGAUCCAUUCUUAUAUAACGAAAUACCCUUAUAUGACCCUCCCAAUAAAUAA